UAGAUUUCUGUGAGGAGAAGGAGCGAGGGGAGGGGAAGGGGGGUGAGCACAUCAAGCGCCCCAUGAACGCCUUCAUGGUCUGGUCUAGGAUGAAGCGACGUCAAAUCGCGCAAGAAAAUCCAAAAAUGCACAAUUCCGAAAUUUCGAAAAGACUCGGCUCGGAAUGGAAACUGCUGACGGAAAGUGAAAAACGUCCAUUUAUCGACGAGGCUAAACGAAUCCGGGCAAAACAUAUGACUGAUCAUCCAGACUACAAAUACAGACCGCGUAGAAAACCUAAGAAUUUGAAGGCUCCAGGGUAUCCCUACACCAUGCCCUAUCCUUCUGUAUCAAUGGAGGCUCUAAGAGCAGGUCAAAUGGGCGGAUACUACAAUCCAUAUGCCUCGGGAUUCUCAGCAGCUCAUAUGGCAGCAGCAGCGGCCGCAGCCGCUGCCCAGCAAUCAGGACAGAUGAGUUCUGCGAUGGAUGCCCUGAAAUACAGCAACUAUAUGUCUGCAGCUGCCGGUCACAGCAUGGCCAGUCUCUACUCAUUCUCCGGUCAGGACGGGACCGGUCAAUCCACCGGUCAGGACCAGUCUAAGACCGGAUACUCUGCUGAUGCUCUGAGCCGGAGUUAUCUUGAACAGCAGAAGAGCUAUUACGAGAGCGCCGGAUUAAAGGGAUACAGCGACAGGUCAAUCGGUCAACCAACCUUCGACGCUAAAUCCUACACCCCCGACUCUAUGUCAGAGCGUCAGUCGACGGAAUCACCAGAAAUUAAGAAGCCAACACCAGAAUCCCUACAGCAGCACCAGGCGACUUUACAGGCGUAUUACCCCGGCGGAUCCACGGCCCAGACCGGACUUCCGCCUCUUCUCCCUAUGGCGGCGCAGCUGAGUCAAUACAGCGGCGGUACCGGGUACCCACAAACUAGCCCGGGAACCGAUUACUCCCGCCGACCGCUAUCCGUUCUUUUCUAAACCCGCCAAUAUAAUUUAUAAAGCAGUGUUAAGUUUUAGAGAACACACUUUUAAAAACUUUUGUCUAGUGAAAUUCAAAUUCAGGAUUUUUAAACCUGUGAAUCCCAAAAAGUGUAUGUAGUGCCAAUUUACAGGGUUUUUAAGGAUCUCCAACCCUCCCCUCCCCGCAUCCUCACGCCGCCACUGAAACAUUGCCAAAUUUUUGUGCACAAAAUUUUAGUGAUUAGUUGUUCUGUUACCUGUUAAUAUGAAACAUAUAGACGAUAUAUGUUAUAAAUAAGAAGAAUAAGACGAUUCCGAUUUAAAGAGACUGUACACUAUUCCUUUAUACAGUGACAAGUCAGAUUGACAACAGUAGACUUUAAACCUUGGUCUGAUCAUUCAAGUAUGAAGUAGAUAUCAUUAUUUCUCUAGUUAAAACAUUGAUUUUUUUCAAUUGUGUUUUUUCUGUAAAGAGAAUCAACGGAAAUCUAAAGUUUUUAGAUCCAGGACUACCGACAUGUUAAUCAGAUAGAGGUUUGAAAGGCACCUCUGUGAAUCGGACAUGCCACAAUGAAGGGUCACUUCAAAUGAAGUCUGUGGACCCUUUAACAAUAAAUUUCGAUGUUAAUCAGGGUUUAAA